AUGGCCACCGCCAUCGACUCGAUCAAGGAGGGCGAGCUGCGAGAGAUUUUCAAAGAUUUUGAUAAGAAUGGCGAUGGAAGGAUUACGUGUGAAGAGCUGGAGAUGGCAUUAUUGCGACUAGGGGAACGCCCAUCUAAUACAAAAAUCGGCCAGCUUAUUCAGCAGGCUGAUACUGACGGAAACGGCGUGAUCGAUAUCGAUGAAUUCCUGUCGGUGUGGCGACGUCAGAUGGCCGAGCCGAACGAACAGCGCGAGCUGGCCGAGGUCUUUAGCGUUUUUGACGUCGAUGGUGAUGGGUUAAUCUCGGAAAGUGAUCUCAAUCAGCUGUUCCUCAGCCUCGGCCGGCCUAUACACGAGCAAGAAGCCUUCGACAUGUUGAUAUUGGCCGACAUCGACCAGGACGGCCAGGUCGAUUUCCAAGAAUUCUGCGCCUACAUGAAGCGGGGCGCCGCGUUGAGC